GACCUCGAGCCGAUAUCUCGCAUGUGACGGGUAAGUAGCAUGUCAAUACUAAUCCAUUGUUUGUGACGUUUUCGGUAUUGUGGAUAUGGCCAGGCGACAAUGAGGACGAUUUUACUACUUUCUUUAUUGUUAUGGAAGGUGUCUCCGAGUAGUGCUGGAGCCUACACAUACCACAGCGUGUACGACUACGGACUCUCGACUGACCAGCUUUCCUGGAUUGUCGUGGGGUCCCUGAUAGCUUUCGGAAUCUUCCUGGUAGUAAUCAUCUUGGUGUGUAGACAGUGUGGUUGGUGUAGUUCCCCACAUGUACAGGCCACAGGCCCCGAGUCUUCACACACACGCCCACUUCAUACGCAUGUAUCUGUGGUCGACAAUCAAAGCAUAGGUUCGUUCCAACAAGUUCAUCAGUCCCCAGAUGCAUCCAAGCUUCCUGGCCUGCCACCUUAUGUCCGUGACUACGUACCUAGUGACUCAAUAAAAUCUGUCCCUCCCCCGUACACAGUUGAGGCUGAGCCAUGGUGAAACCAAGGUGAUGAUGGCCGCGGGACAUGCUUCUUUUAUUUGAAUCAGUUUGAUGAUCAUAACAUCAAACAGCCUUAAUGUAUCUUGUUCCCGAUUUCAAAUCAGAGACGAUAUUCGUUGCUCUAUGGCACAUGCGUUGUCUUGACAAUACGUUGAUAAUUAUUUAUGGAAUAUCAUGUUAUAUAUGUGAGCUGACAAGUUUUAUUCUUAACAUUAAAAUACAUGGUAUAUGUUGUGAAUCAAAA